AUUGCAGCUGGUAAGCAUCUGACAAACAAGGAUGAGAUCAAAGGGAUUCACUGGUUCUCAUGGACUUGUGUAGUUGGACCAGAAGUCAGUGGAAUAUGGCCAAAGUACACAGACCUUACCGACAUCAACUCAGUGGAUGCCAAUUUCAACAGCUCAGCUUUGGUGACAGGAGAUGACUUUGGACUGGUGAAAUUAUUCAGAUUUCCAAGUUUAAAAAAAGGAGCUAAAUUCCGCAAAUAUGUCGGCCAUUCUGCCCACGUCACCAACGUUCGCUGGUCACAGGACUUCCAGUGGGUUCUCAGCACAGGCGGAGCUGACCAUUCUGUUUUCCAAUGGAGAUUUAUUCCUGAAGGGAUAACCAAUGGUAUCAUCGAAACCGCACCACAAGAGGGGAUUAUUGAUUCCUGCAGUGAAGAAUCGGAUUCAGAUCUAUCUGAUGUGCCCGAACUAGACUCAGACAUUGAACAGGAGACUCAAAUCAGUUAUGAUCGCCAGGUUUACAAAGAAGAUCUACCUCAGCUCAAGCAGCAAAAUAAAGAGAAACAAAAUCCUUUGCCUUCCCUUAAGCGGGAAAAAGCCCCAGAAGAAAGCCUGAAAUUAAAGUUUGUACAUGGUUACAGAGGCUAUGACUGUAGGAACAACCUGUUCUACACCCAGACAGGAGAGGUGGUCUAUCAUGUAGCAGCCGUGGCUGUAGUUUAUAAUAGGCUGCAACACUCCCAGAGACUCUACCUGGGACACGACGAUGACAUUCUCAGUCUGGCCAUUCACCCAGUGAAAGAUUACGUAGCAACUGGUCAGAUUGGAAGAGAUGCAGCAAUACACGUGUGGGAUACUCAGACACUGAAAUGCCUGUCACUGCUCAAAGGCCAACAUCAAAGAGGGGUCUGCGCUCUGGACUUUUCAGCUGAUGGGAAAUGUCUGGUGUCCAUUGGCCUGGAUGAUAAUCAUACCAUUGUAUACUGGGACUGGAAGAAAGGAGAAAAAAUUGCUACAACCCGAGGGCACAAGGAUAAAAUAUUUGUUGUGAAAUGUAAUCCACAUCACACUGAUAAGCUGGUUACCGUUGGCAUAAAGCACAUCAAGUUCUGGCAACAAACAGGGGGUGGCUUUACUGCAAAACGUGGAACGUUCGGAAAACAUUGCCAAACUAGAAACAAUGAUGUGUGUUGCUUAUGGACGGGCAGAAGAACUGGUGUUUUCUGGUGCAGCUACUGGAGAUAUCUAUAUCUGGAAAGACGUUGUGCUGCUUAAAACCAUCAAAGCCCACGAUGGACCAGUCUUUGCUAUGUACGCAUUGGAUAAGGGCUUUGUGACCGGUGGGAAGGACGGAGUAGUGGCGCUCUGGGAUGACAUGUUCGAAAGGUGCCUAAAGACAUAUGCCAUUAAAAGAUCUGCAGUUUCCUCCAAUUCUAAAGGCUUACUCUUAGAAGACAAUCCUUCAAUACGUGCCAUCACAUUGGGACAUGGACACAUACUGGUUGGGACCAAGAAUGGAGAAGUUUUAGAACUUGAUAAAAGUGGUCCAAUAACACUGCUUGUUCAGGGCCACAUGGAAGGAGAGGUCUGGGGUCUGGCAACCCACCCACAGCUGCCUAUAAGUGCCACAGUGAGUGAUGACAAAAUCUCUCCGGAUCUGGGAACUCUCCUCACAACACCGCAUGCUGGCUGUGCGGAAGCUGAAAAAGGGUGGACGAUGCUGUGCCUUUUCACCAGACGGGAAAGCCUUAGCUGUAGGCUUGAAUGACGGCAGCUUUAUGGUGGUCAAUGCUGACACUCUUGAAGACAUGGUGUCCUUUCAUCACCGGAAGGAAAU